UAUAGAUGGGCAGAGGGCGUGCUCCCUGUUGUGACAAGGCAGGAUUGAAGAAGGGUCCAUGGACCCCUGCAGAGGAUUUGAGACUCAUUGCCUUCAUUCAGAGGCAUGGACAUGGCAAUUGGCGUGCUCUCCCUAAACUUGCAGGAUUGCUGCGUUGUGGGAAGAGUUGCCGAUUGAGAUGGACUAAUUACCUUCGACCGGAUAUCAAGAGGGGGAAUUUCUCCAAAGAAGAAGAGGACACAAUAAUUAACCUACAUGAAAUGCUUGGAAACAAGUGGUCGAAAAUCGCCUCUAACUUGCCUGGGAGAACUGAUAAUGAGAUUAAGAAUGUGUGGAAUACACACUUGAAGAAGAGACUAGCUUUGAAAGGACAAAACCCUUCUGGAAAUGAACACAAAGAAGUGUCUGUGUCUGUCACUACCUCCUCAUCUUCCUCCAGUUCUACUCUAUCUAAGAAGCAUAGUUCCCUAGUUGAUGAAACAGUACCAAUCCAAUGGAACAACUUCUUGGAUGUGUUCGACGAAAAACAAAGCCUUCGGAGAUCGCUCUCAUCGACAUCUUGUAGUUCAUCUAGUUUAGACUCAACACAAAUUGAUGGGUCUAGAUUAGAAGAACAAUCAUGUUUAUUGGACAAAGAAGAUAUCUCAGAACAGAAACUUGAAAUACCAUAUGAGCCCAACCUAGACUUAUGGGACAUGUUAGAAGAUGAUGAUAUGAGUUUUUCUACAUCAAGUGUGGUUCCAAUGUUUGAAAAUGAGGUUUACCAACACUCAAAUAUAGUGGAAAAAAAGGAUUUAGAAAGUAUGAGUUGGGUGACAAACUUAGAAAAUGAACUUGGACUUGAGACAAGAAGUUGCGAAGCUGUUCAGCCACUUUUCUCUACUACUUCCUCUGAAGAUGAGAUUCUGGUCAAGGUUGAAAAUGAUCCUAUUGUAACUUACUUUCAAAUGUGGCCAUCUUCACCUCUGAAUCUUUGA